GAGAUUUCUCGGCUAGCCCCAAAAAGGAAGGACGGCCUUGGCCGGCAGGGGAGGCGGAGCCUUGGUUCUUUUCUGCCUCCCCAGAGAUAAGCAACAGAGAACAGCUCGCCACGGACCUGGAGAAUACCACGGACUUGGGCCAGACGGCACAAAUGACGCACUUGCCGAAGGGGGGGUCCUCGCUGCAGUGGCCUUGACCCGCCCGCUCCGGACUGGCCAAGGGCACGGCGCCAAGAGACCCCAAGCUGGGUGCCAGCGUGGAAAGUCGGUGGCAGGCGGGUCGAAGUGCGGGGGAGGCGUCUGACAACCUACCAGACAUUUUUUUACAGACCACAUCCAUCAUAGGAACAUAGGAACAAAAAAGGACCUUGCGGCCUGGGAGCAUUAUCGGCAACCAUGUCAGCCAAGCACACGCACACGUGUAGCCUUGCACCGCAUCUUGAUUACGCGACCUUGCCAUGAACUCCGCCGAGUAGCCAGGGAGGAUAUCGCAUGCGGGGAGCACUUGGUGCUGCAGAAUCUAGGGCACGAGGGCGGCCGCAUGCAUAUGCGAGAGAUGUUUCUGGCCCCGGUGGCGGGAAUAAUAUAAAAGUCAUCAUUGUUCCUCCCUCGUCCUCCGGUGAUGCGCGCUCUCUGCGCCGUCGCAGCGUACUCAAGCCUCCUGGCACCUUCUCCAGCCUACGACCCAUCCUCCUUUCAUCAGUGACGUCGCCAACAUGGUUCGCGUCACCACCAUCACCACGCUCUGGUCCGCCGUUGCCGGCCUGAGCAAGGCCGCGGGCGCGGGGUCCAAGGAGGACUAUGCUUCGGGCGCUGUGCACGAACGCAUCAUGGGAAUCAAGAUGGCACAAUGGGCAAAGGAGGCAGCCGCUGGCCAGAUGAACAGCUCUCGGUACCCGGAGCUCGGCUUUGCCAAGUGCGUCGACGGCUUUGCCGCCGCGGUCCCCGGGGACGCCAACAACACCUUUAGGUGCCGCAACAUCGACCUGUACCACUUCCUGUCCCACGCCGACCUCGGCAGCAAGCACGCGGGGCAAGGGUCCUCCUCCUGGGGCUGGACGUCCAAGUCCGGGCGCGAGUUCGUCGCCAUCGGGCAGUACGACGGCACGGCCUUUGCCGAGAUCAGCCGCGAGGGCAGGCUCGUGUACCUGGGCCGGCUGCCGCAGUACGACGCCAUCGGGUCCAACUGGCGCGAGAUCCGCGUGCUGCGCGACUACGCCGUCAUCGGGUCCGAGGCCAUCAAGCACGGCGUCCAGAUUUUUGAUAUGAAGAAGCUCCUGGGGCUGGACCCGGCCAACCCCACCAUCUUUACGCAGGCCGACCUGACGGGCCACUGGGACGAGCUGCCCGUGGGCCGCACCCACAACAUCGCGGUGAACCAGGAGCUCAACUACGCCGUCGCCUGCGGCUCGGUCGGCGGCAACGAGACCAUCCGCGUCAGGGGGGACCUCCCCUGCCGCGGCGGGCUCAUCUUCCUCGACAUGUCGGACCCCUCCAACCCCACCAGCCCCGGGUGCGCGGCCGGCGACGGCUACGUGCACGAUGCCGAGUGCCUGGUCUAUAGGGGGCCCGACCUGCGCUACCAAGGCCGCGACAUCUGCUACGGCUACAACGAGGACACGCUCACCAUCUAUGAUGUGACCAACAAGGUUGGCAACGUCACAAACAUCAUCUCCAUCACGUCCUUCCCGGGCGCCCAGUACGUGCACCAGGGCGCCGUCAACGACAUCAACAACCAGGAGUACCUCUUCCUGGACGACGAGUUUGACGAGCGCGACGCCAAGGUCGGCCCCAUGACGCAGGGGCUGCCGACGACGCACAUCUUUGACAUCCGCGACCUCGAGAACCCGCACUACAGCGGCAAGUACGUCGGCAAGACGCGCUCCAUCGACCACAACCAGUACGUGGUCGGCGGCUACCUGUACCAGUCCAACUACGGCAACGGCCUCAACGUGCUCGACGUGCGCUCCGUCACCUCGGACCCGUCGGGCGCCGGCAUCUGCGAGGCCGGCUUCUUCGACGUGUACCCGGAGGACGACGAGAAGGAAGGGGGCGGCACCGUGGCCUUCCUUGGCUCGUGGUCGUCCUAUGCCUACUUCAAAUCGGGCUUCAUCUUUGUGCACACCAUCGAGCGGGGCUCCUUUGUCGUCAAGAUGAGCAGUAAGGAGUGCGAGAAGCCGGCCGUGUGCGAGUCCAACGCAUGCCUGACGUCGCUGCGCGCCAGCAGCGUCAAGGGUCGCCUCGAGGAGAGCGUCAAGUUCUGCCACAAGUUCUUCCAGCGCAAGGUCACAGACCCCGCGGCCGUGCCCGAGUACGCAAAGGAGCCGUGCGCGGCCGGCGGCAAGGACGUCGUGGCCCAGGUCAGCAGCGCCUGCGCCUGCGUGCCCACCGUCCCCGUCCCGGAUCUGCCCAGGACCACCACCAGGGGGGCUGUCCCGACCGUCCUUCCGCCGAGGAGGAGGUGAGCGGGAGGGCUUGGCAGUGCGAUACGGAAGUUGGUUGGUUGGGGGGCUAGGUGGCAGGCUGCAGGAAUUUGGGAGUUUCAGUAUAAAUUUAUACUGAGAAGGGAACUACGAUGACAAUGAAAUAGCUAAAGUAGACUACACAUUCGUCACCAUAAACUGAUAAUUGAC